GGAGAGCAGCCAUGGCAGCGGCUGCUCCGGACUGCGGAGUGAAGCCGCUUCAAAACGCCAUGAAAAUGGCCAAAGUAGCGAUCCAGCUGGACGGAGGGAACAGACACAAGGAAGCCUACAGUGAAUACUUGAGGACCAUCAGCUACAUAUCACAUGCACUUCUGGAGGACGCCGAGUCACAAAAGGACAGAGAGAUGGUGGCGGUGGAGGUGGAGCGGAUGCUGCGGCUCGCCGAGCAGUGUCUGGAGCGAGCCAAGUCCUUCAUAGGGAGGAGGGACGAGCCGCCUGACCUCUCUGCCCCCGCUCCCUCCUCCUGUUCAGCUGUCCAAUCUGAAACCCCAAACCACACCAACACCGUCCUCCCAGCAGCCCCUGCGGCAAACACCGCAGCUCCAUCUGACACGGAGCCUAAAGCGGUGAGCCCGUCAAAGCCCGGUCACCGCAGGGUGCUGUCUGAGGGCGAUGGUGAGCCCUCCCCUUUCCUGCCACCUGAAGUCUUCCAGAGAAUGCAGACGGCGGAGUCACAGGACACCGGCAGAAAGGAGCUGACACCCAUUGAGGAAGCAUCACGCUUGAACCAGAAGCUGAAAGCCAAUUAUGAAGCUCGUCUGGCGAGGCUCACACCUGGCCAAGCCUACCAAAAGACAUCUCUGACGCUUUCUCUCCAGCGGCAGAUGAUGGAGAACCUCAUCAUAGCCAAAGCCAGGCAGGAUGCUCUCCACCGGAAGAUGGAGGAGAGAAGACUUCGGCUGCAGGAGGAGGCCAACAGGAGGUUUGCAGCAUUAGGGACAGUGACUGCAGAGGAACAGGAGCAGCGUAUUCUCUAUGCAAACGUGCUGGAAUAUGAGCAAGACCAUGAUUGGCCCAAAUUGUGGAAAGCCAAUGUGAAGAAGAAUCCCGACGAUGCCACCUUGGUUUCAGGCCUGGUUUCCUACCUGCUCAGUCGCUCUGACCACCCAGUGAUGAAGCUCCUGAGGAAACACCAGUACCAGGUUUACAACAGGCUCUACCCCAUCGUCAACAAGGGCCUCCCGCAGAGCCCUGCCCCGCCGCUCAGACCGUCUCGCAGCAGCCACAACCUGCUUCACUCAGGCCGGACAGAGGCCCUGAGGAAGUCAACCAGGGUCGGUGGCGUCGGCGACCAGAGCUUCAGCUCCAACCCGUCGCUGUCCCCCUCCCUCUCCCGCGACCUCAACACAAACUGUGAGGAGGAGGAGGGCGAGGAGCCCUGCACGCAGGUGACGGUGGACCGCGAGAACUCGUUUGAGGACCUGGAGCAGUUCUUGACCCAGCUGGACUGGGCGCCGCCCCACGGCAACCCAGACGAUACCGGUUCUGAUUCAGACAUCACGUUGGAUCUGUCGCUGCAGCCCGAGGUGGACGACGCCCACAUCCAGGAGCUGGAGAUGAGAGCGCUGAAGGAACACCUGAAGGCCAUCGUCAAGGAUAUUCAUAACGCCAUCGAUCAGCUGCUGUCGCUGUGUUUGCUGUCCUUUGAGUGUCUGAACACAGCCAGCUCCAAGGACCUCUGCGUGGCCAGCAUAGAGGAAGCCUUCUUCACGCCACUGUGGAGCCCCCUGCUGGCUCUUUUCAGGAAGGUGCACAGAGAAAGGGAGCUGGCUUUUGAGACAAGCAUGAAGCUGUACCGAAACACCUCGCCUGGAGAUGUUGGUGUCCCGUUGAAAUUGUUCCCCCAGGACCCAGGGAUGCUGCAAGGUUCCUACCCCUAUGAGUCUGCUGUUCAGGAGCUGAAGCUGCUCUGUAAACACUGCUGUCCUCAGAGAAAGCUGGAGUGCAUCGUUCGAACACUGAGGCUGAUCUGCGCCUGUGCUGAGGACUACAGGUGUCUGCACGAGGUGGACUCACCGCCCAGGACGGCUGCCAUUGGAGCAGAUGACUUGCUGCCAAUCCUGUCCUUUGUGGCUCUGCGAUGUGAGUGUCCUCAGCUGGUGUCUGAAUGCGCUGCCUUGGAGGAGUUCAUUCACGAAGGUUAUCUGAUAGGAGAGGAGGGCUACUGUCUGACCUCCAUGCAGAGUGCUUUGGCCUACGUGGAGUCGCUGCACACAGCAGGAGCUCACCUUCGCACAGCCAAGCUCACCUGAUACAGGCUGCUGCAGUGAGUCCACACAUCCCUGCUGCACCACCGCAUGGCAGCAGCUGAUCCUGCCGCUGCACCGACGUGGCCUCCAGCAGACACACAGGAUGAGCUUUCUCUCACCUCUGCCUUUCUUUCUUUCUUUCUUUCUUUUUAUGUCUUUUUUGCAACAGUAAACCAACCCAGUGCCUGCAGAGCUGUUUGGCUGGGAUUAGCGUACGUAGUUUCUUACUAAACGUGGCCGUGCUCGAGGCUGGACUGCCGGGGCUUCAGAGGUUUGGGUCAGACGCUGGAGUGUGGCUGUGUGAUCCUGAAUCACACCGUGUGGAUGGACAGCAGGCUCUAGCUUAGAGAAGUCUGAGGGAAUCAGUCCCAGCUUGUGGUUGAGUCCUCAGCCAGAGAGCUUUACUGAUCGGUCACACCUUAAAUUGAGACGUGGGAGUGCACCUGUAGUGUGUUUUACAGCUUUUUCGCAACACGACGUGGCUUCCCAUGAGCAAGAAAUGAGCGAUUUCUGUUGGAACUGAUUUGAAAGCUGCUGGAGUUGUGUGCAGUGCAUGAAUCAGCCUGCCGUGUGUGCUUCAAGUGACCGAAACCUGUAAACCUGUAGCAUGUGGUAACGGGCUGAAAUCAUUUUAAGAGAUAAUCUGAUGACCAGGCACAUGUCAGUUUCAUGUCGGAUUAAAGUUUCUUUUGUUAAUCCGCAUAUUUGCAACAGUUUUACAGAAAUGCCAAUGUUUCAGCAGUGAUGAUGAAUAUAUUUAUUAGACAAAGCAUGUGUUAUUGCAGGUGUGUGUUUUUUGUUUUUGUUUUUUAUGGGGGGGGGGGCAGGCAGAAUUCAUGCGCAAAAAAUGAAUUGACAUAUGAGUUAAUGCACUUUGGGAGUUGAGGCGUUUUGGACUCAGGCUACACAGAGUGAUGGUCUUGGGUUCAGACGAGGUGGGGGGCCGAGGGAAAACCACUGACAUCUGUCGGGUUUGGUUGCAGAAAAGGUGAAAAGUCUCCUGUUGUGUAGCGUCUGUGAUGAUCGUCACGCUGCUCUCAUGUGACAGCACGCGGCCCCAUCAUAUGACGGCCAUUUGGAAAAGCAGAAAUUGAUGAACACAGGAAUUUAGUUGGGUAACACUUGUACCUGCUCAUUUAAUACUCUGCACUUUGUUGGUUUGCUCCACUUUUUUUUUUUUUUUUUGUCAGUUUUGUGUUUGUGCAGGUCUUUGUCGCUCGUAGGAGUUCUUCUCCAAGCGAAGCCACAGAGACUGCGUUUUUCUGUGAAAAUGAUCUCGCCUCGUUGAUUUACAGCCGUGUUGUUUCCAACAUGUAACAUUCCCCCAAAACGGUUUGCAGUGUUCAAGCUCUGUCUGGUUAUUGCGAGUUUUAGACCGUGUUUGUAGAGAAAGAGCUAGUUCAGCAAAAAAUGAGAAUUAGAAUCUGAGAGGUUGCUUGUCUUUGUCAUUUUUUUUUUUAAAUUUCAUGUAUUUGUCCAUGUGCAGAAAUGUCUUUUUCUUUAUCCUUUCAAAAUGUUCAAAGUCAAGGAAAUAAAGGCAAAAGCAACCUCUCCUACAGAACCUUAUUUUUCUGUUUUCUACCUUCAACCCACAGAUCCACACAGAUUUAACACGACUGAGACACACCAGCCCGUGUUUCAUCAAGGCAGGCUCACAUUAGUUUGUACUUACUGUUAGAUGAGACUGGUGGAUGUUAGAGCACUCAAGAAAAUGCAAAAUUCAUGGCAUUAAAGAAAUGAUUACAUGUUGGCUGAUAUUGAUGCUUUCCUCUGAGCUCCAAACCCAGGAGACACACUGAGAGAAAAUGACAAAUGGUAGAAAAUGUAAAACAAUUUCCAAAAGACAACUCAUCUCUUUGUUUUUUUUUUUUUUGUUUUUUUUAACUAAUUUUAUUCUGCUUGGUCUGUUUCAUUUAAUUUCUAUUGAAUGUAUUGUUUGUUUUUGUUUUUUUUUAUUUUUUAUUUUGUAUGGGUCCAAAAAAUGAUGUGAAAAAAUAUCUUAAAAGUAUUGUUGGAGACAUUGUUUGAGAUUACUACCUGCAUUUUGAGACAUUGUUAACACCAAAAAUACACUCAUAUUUUCAUUUAUAGAAAAUGUAUGUAAUUAUAAUAAAGCGAGCAGGAAGCUGAGAGAGAUUCUGCCCAGUGGAUGAAACCACUACAUGCAAUGCAACUAAUGAUUUACUGUCGGUUUUUGUUGUUGCUUUUGAAAAUCCUACUAUAUGAAUGUAUGUUAUUUCACCAAUAUUAAACUAUUUUACUGUGAGUGUGUGGAGAGCGAUGAAAUGCGAUCAGUGGCUGUGUGUUGGAGAGUGUUGUCAAUAAAGAGGGACAGAGAAAUAUUUAAA